AAUUUGGCCGGAAAAUUAAUUUAAUAAGAGAUUUCUGCCCGUUGUUUCUAUUAUUUCAUAGUGGUAGCACUUUGUAUUCAACGAAUAACAAUAAAAAGGAGUGAAAUAAAAUGAUGUCAAAAGGCACAGUUGAGAUUUUCACAAGGCAGAAAAUAGCUGUACAUUUAAUUAUCAACAUAAAAAUUGUGAAAAUCAAUAACAAAACAAAAAUAUAGAGUAAAGUAUCACUUAUUGCAAUAAAUGAGGCAGUGAAAAGUUUGAUUUAGCUAAAAAAUGGAAGUAUAUACUUGGAAAUUAUUUCAUGUGGUUUUUGUUUUCAAAAUUCGAUAAUAGCAAUGGUUGGCUGUGCUAUUUGUACUGGAAUCGGGCGCACCACCCACCCAAACAUUCCCAAGCUUUAAGAAUACGAACAAAAAGAGUAACUUGUAUUACAUUCUUAGUUUAUUAUAAUCGAGCCGUCACUUAAGAUUAGAAAUAUGUAAAUAAAAAAACAUUCGACUAACCCAUGGAAAAACAGCUAAGUAUUGCAUUGUAGUUUUCAAUUUCUUUGUUGUACCUACUGGAUUCCUUGGGUAUUGUUCAAAGCGAAACGCGGCCGUCCCUUAUACUACGCACCUACAUAUCUACCUGGAGUAGUUUUCUUGCAUACAUACACAUGUAUGACCUUUCACACACCGCUUAAAUUUAGCCAUAUGAAAGUACAGAAACGAGUACAAACGGACGACAUUGCUCGUACUCGCAUAUACAGAACUUUGAAAACAUCUUAAACAACUUUAAAGAAGUAAACAUAGAAGACAUUUACGUUAGAAAUAUUCACCGGUAGACAUAUCUCCGAUAUUGAGACAUGGAUGAUAACCUUAGUACGAAAUCUUCUGAAUCCUCACUAACCACAAGUGGAGAGUAUGAAAUUGUUUCUGAUAGCAAUAUUACAACUCCAAUAGAUCACCACGAUAUGUCGGAAAAUGGUACACUUUUAGUAAUACCGACAAACAACAAAUCACCAACACUAAAUUUAGCUAAUAAUCGUAAUAUUGCUGAUUUACAACAUGCUAUGACGGACGCUUUGCGUGAAAUAGAUUUAAAUUCAGACACUUCUUCAACUGCACCCAAAGCGGUAGCGUUGAGUAAACAAAAAUCCCUGACAUUACCAUUGGCUGGUACGUCAAGCCCGGCACUGCUGGUUCCAGACAACGAUUGCGAACAGCAACAGUUAGUUCCACCGAAAACCACAAUGAAGUCACAAUCAUUAAACCGCCACCACACAGACUAUGCUAUGACACCAAAAAGCGAUGACGCGUCAACUUCUGAACAAAAUCGAGUUGGUCAAUCGGUAUUUUAUGACUGCAUUGAUGCAAGUCCAGGUGGUAUUGGUGGUGGUGUUGAAGAAAAACAAGACAGCAUGAAGCCGGAGAAGAAUGAUACAGACGAAGAAGUUUCAGAUAUCGAUCAGGGUUGCACUAUAUUUUCCGGUGUCACAUAUCUUGGAGCUGCAAACAUAAAUGCCCCCAAAUCCGAAAUCGACAUAUACCGAAUUAUGAAUGAAUUGAACAGUAAUUCAGAGUCAGUUGGCCUUAAAAUAUCAGUGAGCAUCCCGAAUUGCUCCGAUGGGCUAGUUGUCUUGCACGACGCUGAAACUAACUCUGUCAUCGCAACCUACGAGAUACAAAGCAUUAUUUUAUACUUUCGAGGCCCUGUAGAAACUGCUGAAAAUGGUUGCUUUGCAUUUACUUGGUUACAUGGCGAUGCGCUUUUUCAAUGCCAUGUGUUUCGUUGCCAUAUACCAGAAGCGGUUAAUCAAGUCAGCGCUUGCUUUCAAAAGGCUUUUCGUACAUAUCCCCCAAGCAUGACAUGCAGUUUGACAUCUGCCAUCGACAGUAAUAUGAUGAACUCAGUGACAUCCGAUGUUAGUGGAAAUCCAUUAAAUACGGCCGGCUAUGAAUUUAUUGUAUCCCUGGAAAUACGUGAAAAGGUUGCCAAAAACUCAUUUUCGGCGGUACCACGUGAUCGUAAUUGCUUCAAGUUACGUGCUAACAUUGACAAAGAAGUUAUAAUUACCGUCAAACAAACACCUUCAAAUAUACUACAACCUCUGUUUAUAGAACGCUGUUUUGGUGUACUAUUAAGCCCCGGAAAAUUAGUACGUCAGGGCGAUAUGCAAUUGAUUGAUAUGGUAAACAUGAGCUAUCAGACACCUACAACCACUGUAGGCGGAGGUAACGCUAAUGGAGCAACGACUGUUUGUGUCGGUGCUGGUGACAAUGCCAAUGGCUCGGGAGCCAUGCCGCUAUGCCUUUAUCCUUAUGUUAUACGCGCCGAAUGGAAGGCCAAUGAAGCUGCUUUCGAACAACUAAAUGUUGAAGCUUCAAAAAAUUUUCUGACUGUUGCAGUCGAUAUAGUAGUGCGUGGAAUUCGCGACCCUGUACGUUUUGUUAUUGAGACACCCGUUGUAAUACAGUCGGCUAGUGAGAUACGCAUUAUGGAUCAUUUUAUAUCUAAACGCCCAAUGACAUUGCGCUUCUAUCUACAAUUAGAACGUACAACCGAUGAAUUCAGUUGGAAAGUGAACUCAAUUGAUCCGUCUGAAGAAAUCAAUGAACCGCAACAACAAUCUUCAUUGUUGAAAUUUGGUAUGAACAAUUUAUCACGCAUUGUGCGAUCAUCAUCGAUUGUAUCUAUGGAGGAUGAUUGCCCUACCGAUUAUAGUUCAGAUGGUGAUGAACCCUUGUUGAGCGGUACAGGGGAGGUAUCCAAAGACUGUUCACAGGAUAAACUUGAUGAGUGGGAUCCAAUAUUAAAGGAAUGGGAUAGUGAAAAAAGGCCAAAAAAUUUGGCUCCUUUGGUACGUUUGGGAAUACCGGAAGCUUUGCGUGAAAAAAUAUGGCAGAAACUGGCAAAUGUUGAGGGCAAAACUGAAAUGCUUGACAUGUAUAAAAUUUUAAUUACCAAAGAAACCAAAUGUGAAACUGUAAUACAACGGGAUAUACAUAGAACAUUUCCGGCACACAAAUGCUUCAAAGAGAGUGGUGGUUCUGGACAAGACUCACUCUUUAAGGUCUCAAAGGCAUAUGCCGUUUAUGACAGUGAAGUCGGUUAUUGCCAGGGCUUAAGUUUUAUUGCUGCAAGUCUACUGUUGCAUAUGCCUGAAGAGGAUGCAUUUUGUGUAUUGGUUGCUCUUAUGUACGAUUAUGGCCUUCGUGACUUGUAUAAGCAAGGAUUUGAAGUACUUUAUUUACGGCUCUACCAACUUGACCGUUUGAUCAAAGAUCAAUUGCCCAAAUUACACGAACAUUUUGCAACUUGUGGCAUUGAGACACACAUGUACGCUUCGCAAUGGUUUCUCACACUCUUCACAGCCCGUUUUCCAUUAUGUUUCGUAUUUCAUGUACUCGACGUGUUCCUUUUAGAUGGCGUACCCUUGCUUUUUCAGGUUGCUGUGACAUUGCUUUCUAUUUGUGAGGUUGACUUACGUCAACUUGAUUUCGAAGGCAUACUAAAAUAUUUCCGUGUAACAUUACCGAAGAAAUGCCGCAGCCCUAGUCAGGCACGCCGGGUUAUGAAAAUGGCUUGUGAACGAAAAAUUAAGAAAUUAAAACAGUACGAGGAGGAAUUCCAAUUGAAAAAGCAACACAAAGAGCGUCUGGAAAAAGAGGCACAAAUUUAUGAAAAUCGUUUUGGGGAAGAGAGGCGUAAAUUACAAGCGGACAUCGAUGAACACCAAAAAAAAUUGAUUGAAGCUAACGAAAGAGCAAUAGAUAAAGAAAGGAAACACACAGGCAUCAUACAGGACUAUAAAUUAAUAAUACAACGCUUGGAAAAUGACAUUACAAAUUUGAAUGAGACGCUAGGCAAUGUAAUGAACAUAGUGUCGAAGUGCAAGAAUUGUGUACAAAAAAUGGAAAAUGCCGAUCGUAGUGUAAGAUUACCAGCUCAAGUAAGCAGAAAUAGUGGUAUGAAAUCAACGCAACAGACUUGUAACAAGCAAGAGACAGAGGCACCACUAGGUCCUCUUGAUCCCAUAAAUAUAGCAACUCAACGUAUCCGUGAGCUAGAACUGGAAUUGGCACAAGCUAAGUUAGCACACGUCGAAGCUGAAUGUCGCAAUCAAGAUUUGAAUCAUCAGCUGAGCGCCACCAUUACAGAAAUGCAAUCCAAUCGGACCAGUUGGCAACCAUGGCUUUCGAAAACACUGAAUUCAUUGCAAGAGAAGGUAACUACACGUGGCAGUCGCGACCCUGUUUUGCCAACAUUCCAAUCUUACACCCAACAUGCAUCUGCUGGUGCCUCAGCGGCUGGUAGUGAAACUAAUUCACCCAGCAGUAAUCAGGAGUUUAAAGCAUUCUCAGUGGGAGGUUCGCCGAAAUUGCCAGCGAAAUUUCAGAGCGUUAAACUUCGCAAUAGCAUCGACAGUUUACGCAACAUUGUAGUGCCCCUGGAGACUAGCGCUGGGCGUAUUGUUGGCAUUGGCUCUGGAGCAAGUGUUGAUGUAGGGUUGGGUGCAGCUGAUCAUUUCCGACAGCACCUGCAGCCACAGUCAUCGCUUAUUUAAAUAUCGACAUAAUUAAAAAAAAAAAUAUGCAUACACUAAAAAAUUUAAUUAACGGAAUUUUUUGAAAAAUAUGUAACUGCUGCUUAAUAAUGGAUGCAACUCACACAAUGCUAUUACAACUAACUAUUUCAUAUACAUGUACAUGUGGAAAACAUUGAAAAAAGAUUAAAUGUUGUGGCUUUGUACACUGAGUUUCAAUAUUCCGUCUUCAUAUGUAAGUUAGAAAAAAAUUAUUAGUCUUCUUUAUUUCAUGCUUAUUUUAUUAUAUCUUUAUAUAGGUAAUAGUGAAAUAUUUUUAAAAUAAUUUUAUUUGUUUUCAAAGGACAACUAAAUAUCAUAUUUCUAAAUAAAAUGAUUUGAACUAAAUCGAUACUAAUAUUCAAUAAUCUAAUUGAAUUGUAUUGGUAUGCUAGUUUUCUUAGUAGAUAUUCAUUUCCAUUGUUUUUUUUAAAUAUUGUGCGAUUUCCUAAACAUUUAUGUAUAGCCAUUCUAAUAUUAUGUGGUAAAAAUUUGCUUUAGUAACUUGUUGAAAAGAUGAUUUUCUAUUCAAUAAAUUUACUACUUUUGGUUUUAGACUAAAGUUUUAAUGUACUAGUUUUUAUUUGCAUUAGUAUUUACACCGUGCAACAUCUGUAUACAUAUAUGAAUACAUAUGCACUUUAAUAAAUAUACCUACAUCUAUUUUAAGGAGAGUGGAAAUUGUUAAAUAAUAACAAUAAUGAAAUAAACGGAAAAAUAUUAAUUAUAUAAAAAACUAGGCACAUACAUAUAUGUUUUUACGUGCUUUCUACAUAUACUUAUGUACAUAUGCAUGCAUAUAUAUGCUUUCUCAUUUAAAAAAAAUAGUAUACAUGUAUGUAUAUAUUUAUAUGUAUUACUUUUCAGUACGAAAUUACAGACAAUAUGUAAUUACACGGUAUGUAUAAUAUACAUAUGUACAUGUGUACUGUGAAAAAAUUAUAUACGAUAAUUUGCUUCGGUGUAACACACGGCUUCGUAGAAUUCUAUUUAUCGGGUGACACCUGCGAUACAAAAUUAAAUAUAAAACGAAUACUUUCAAUUCACAUUCGAACGAUAUUUGUUACUACUUUUUACGUUGCGAACUCAUUUAUAACAAAUAUACAGCAUAUAUACAUAUACGUAUAUAUAUAUAAUUAUAAUACAAUAUAAUCUUAUAUAUAUAUAUAAUACAAUAUAAUCUUAUAUCUAUAUAUAUGUAUACAUAUGUAUGUAUACUUGUAUAUUGAUUUCAACAUAAAAUUUGUUAUAUUUGUAAGCUAUUCUGAAGAAAUGAGAAUGCAUGUGCAUACAUUUAUGUCAAGUUAAUAACAACUGUCUCGAAAUUGGAUAUAUGUUUUUUGCGUUUUACAUCAAUAUGUCGCGGCAUGAAGCUCUAUUGGUUACUAAAUGGCGACUCCAGUUUAAGAGAAGUAUAUACUCGUACAUAUGUAUGUUCUGUUGAACGGAUCGCAAAAUACCACAGCAAUUGUAACUUUUUUUGCAUUAAAAGAGAUGGGUCUUAUUCGAAAUUGCGUAUCAUUAACAUAUUUACAAGUAUGUUCUUUGAAAGUUUGAGCUAUGGAUUUUAGAAUGUGACAUUUCUGCACUAAACGUUUGCAAAAUAUUAUAUUGUAUUGUGUUGUAAUAGCACAAUAAAAUAAUAAACAAAGAAUAAUAAAGCAUUCAAAAUAUUCUUUAUAGGGCGUAUUUCCAAAUAUAUGUAAUACAUACAAAAAUUUUGUUUUACAAUACUCGUAUAUAUGUAUAUAUUAUUUUUAUAUAUUCACAGUGCUGCAACAUUAUACACGCUUUUUUAAUUCAAUGUAUGACUUACAGUCAUGCUUAAAAGUUUGAGUUCUGAAUAAAACACAUACAUAAUAUGUACUCGUACAUUUAGUAUUUUAAGAUGAAUAAAACUCGGAAAUACA